AUGAAGUUUAUGAAGGAUAUCCAGAAAGAUAAUGAAGUCCGGGACAAAACGUCUGAAGCAAUGCAGAAGCAGUUGGGGCAGUUAGCAGAGGAUCUAGCCCAGCUGAGAAGAGAUCCAGGUAAGUUGCCAAGUACUACCACAGUGAAUCCAGUACAUCAGUCAUCUAGCUCGAAAAAUGGAAGAAAUGUGCACAUCAACGCGGUAAGUAUUCUUCCGACUUCUGAAAUUGGUAGUGUCACAAUUACUCCACCAUCACAAUUAGUUGAGGAGGUGGUGGAGGAUGUUGGUAAUAGAUUGGAUUCGCAACAUGAUCGGGACCCACCAAGGGAUGAGAGGUGGGAAAGUUUUAAACAAGCUAAAAUUAAUCUACCCUUACUCGAUGUGAUUAAAGAUAGUCCCGAUCAUGUGGAGUGUUUGAUAGAGUUAAGUACCCAAAAACGACUUCACAAGUUUCCUAAAAAACUUGAUUUGACUUCAAAUGUGAAUGCCGUUUUGUUAGGUACCCUUCCCCCCAAACUCCAAGAUCCAGGAGCACCCAUUAUUUCCGUACAAGUGGGUGAAUUUAAAAUAGAGAGGGCACUGUUGGAUCUUGGAGCGUGUGUUAGCAUCCUACCAGGGAGUCUGUAUGACCAAUAUGAUUUUGGUCCAUUACAAAAGGUUAACACCACCGUGGUGUUGGCUGAUCAAACUCCCAUGUGUCCGAGGGGAAUUGUAAGGGAUGUAAUUGUGAAGGUAGAAGAGUGUUACUACCCAGUUGACUUCUUAGUGCUUGAUUGUACCAUAAGUUCAAAGAACACGCACCCUCCAGUCAUUCUGGGUAGACCGUUCUUAGCGACUGCUCAUGCGAUUAUCAAUUGUGUUGAUGGAACAGUAAGUAUGAAGCUUGGUGACCGUGAAUUACGGUUAAAUGUGUUUUCAGAUGCCACUAAUCCUCCCAUUUCAGGUGAACGCUCAAAAGUUGAAAAUGGUGAUGAAAAUGUCUCUCCUGCAAAGGAGAUUCAAACCAAACAGGAGUGUUUAUUGGUUGACAGGUUUGAAGUGGCAGGAAGCGAAGCAGUAAGGAAAAAGGAAAGUGUGGCGCAUGAGGAGUGUAAAACAGACAAAGGGAAGCUACGAGGGAAGAAGAAGACAAAGAAGCCGCCUGAGUGUGAUAAUGCAAAACGGAGGUUAAAGUUAUUUGGUCCAAUGUGGAAAACAAUGGACGACUUACCGGAGCACUGGCGGAGUACAUACGUAGAGGCCAUGGGACACAAACAUCCCACUCGACCACCAUAA